AUGACGACCCGCGACACCCUGGCGAGAAACCCGCACACGUACUUCGCGGCCAUGCUGAGGAUGCAGCCCCCCACGACGCCGGGCAGCGCAUCCGUCCGGAGCGGGAGCACGGGCAGCGCUAGCGCGGCGGCGGAGGAAGAAAGCAGCGGCAGCGGCGGCACCAUGAACGGCGGCACGCCCGCGGCGGCGGGAGGAGGGGGUGGAGGGUCGUCGUCCUCUGCUUCGGACGGCGUCGAGUUCUUCAUCGACCGUGAUCCCACGCACUUCCGGCACAUCUUGAACUAUCUGAGAGAUAGCUACAUCGGGCUGGAGUCCUUCGGCAAGGAGGAUCUGCAUUUCUUGGAGGAGCUAUCCCACGAGGCACAGUUUUUCAACAUCGCCGGCCUUUGCUCGGACAUAUCUCGCAGGAUGUCGGACAUCGCACGGCAGCACAGGGAAGGGCCAUCGGGAGACAAGGACUUCAGGCUUGUGCAGUGCUCCACGGGCCAAAUACAGGACCUUUUCCACGAGUGGGUCAUCGAGAAGAACUACGAGUUCGAGUGCAUGCAGAUCGUGGGGGAUACGGCGUACAUCGUGCUCGGACGUCGAGUGAGCCGUGGAGAGCUCGCGCUGGUGGAGCGCUUGAUGAAGACCUGA